AUUAUUGGAGAAGAGAGAGAGAGAGAGAGAGGAUUGUCGUUUCAACGUCUGCGUGUCGCUUCGCUUCCCCUUUCUUUCUCUUCGCGAUCUCUACCUAUCGCCUUGCUUUGCUUCGUGGGGGAGCUUUAAGUUGGGGGGGAGGACACCGGCGGUGGGGCGAUGGCGUUCCACAACCACCUCUCCCACGAGCUGACGCUGCCGCAGUACGCUGAAGAGCAGCUGGGUGGGGACAGCCCGACAGUGCUCAUGACCACCGUUGGUCAGCUCGCCGCCUCUACAUCUGGAGCCGCUACGGAGGCGAAGGACGGGAAAGACAUCCCCCGUCUCAUGGCCGAAGGAAGCGGACCCACGUGGCUCAACAGCGCAAUUCUCCGGCGGCAGGGCCACCACUACGCCGACGGCAGCUUCCUCCACCUCCAGACCACGGUCGACUCCUCCUCGCCACCGGUCGCAGCCGGAGGAGGCGGAGGUGGGCUGGGGCAUUGGUUUCCCCGGCCCCCGACCCUGCGGCGCAGCGGCAGCGAGGACGAGGCCCCGGUCUCGAGCGACUCCGUGAUGGUCGCUGCUAUCCCGGCGGACCCCCGCUGCGCGCGGGGGCGCUCAGGCGGGGAGUUCGUGGAGGCGGAGGCGUUGGCGCAGAGGACCGGCGGGGAGGCGGCUGCGGGGGAGGGGACGUGGCAGAGCGCGAGGUACAAGGCGGAGAUAUUGGCGCACCCGUUGUGCGAGCAGCUGCUGUCGGCGCACGUCGCGUGCGUGAGGAUCGCCACCCCCGUAGACCAGCUGCCGAGGAUCGAUGCGCAGCUCGCGCAAUCGCAGCAAGUCGUGUCCAAGUACUCCGUGCUCGGCGGCGGCGGCAGCAGCGGUCAGAUACUCGGCGACGGCAAGGAGCUCGAUCAGUUCAUGACACAUUAUGUCUUGCUACUUUGCUCCUUCAAAGAACAACUACAGCAGCAUGUCCGUGUUCAUGCCAUGGAAGCAGUGAUGGCUUGUUGGGAGCUUGAGCAAGCACUUCAAAGCCUAACAGGUGUCUCUCCUGGUGAAGGUACAGGUGCAACUAUGUCUGAUGAUGAUGAUGAUGACCAGGUUGACAGUGAGACAAACCUGUUGGAUGGAAGCUUGGAUGGUCCAGACAGCAUGGGAUUUGGCCCUCUUGUGCCAACCGACAGUGAGAGAUCCUUGAUGGAACGUGUUAGGCAGGAGCUGAAGCAUGAGCUGAAACAGGGUUACAAGGAGAAGAUUGUAGAUGUCAGAGAAGAGAUUCUGCGUAAGAGAAGAGCUGGAAAACUCCCUGGGGAUAGCACUUCUACAUUGAAGGCUUGGUGGCAGUCCCACUCUAAAUGGCCAUAUCCAACAGAGGACGAUAAAGCACAAUUGGUGGAGGAAACGGGAUUACAGCUAAAGCAGAUCAAUAACUGGUUCAUCAACCAAAGAAAAAGGAAUUGGCACACAAAUCCAUCAUCAUCAAGUUCUCUGAAAAGCAAGCGUAAAAGGUGAUCUCAAUGUUGGCUGAUUCAUGUAGACAAUGAGCCAGGAAUGAAGAACACAAGAACAAGAGCACUAUUUGCUGCUAUGAUGAUCAUACUGAAUCAAGUGAAGCAAUCUGCAACCACAUAUUGAAACUUAAUAUUAUGUGCAGGGAAAUCUAAUUUUAGCAGGAGAGAAAUUGGGUGUUAAUUUUAGUCAUCAAGCACUUGGAUUGAACAACACAGUGGCUUUUACAGUUACAAAGGAGUGGCUGAUAUGGUUCAGCAGCAGCAUUGGCAGAUCUACUACUAUUGGGUAUAUUGCUAAAAGUGUGUGACCUUCUUUACUUUGCUCAGAAAUUGGUAGAUUGAGAUUUAGCUUACAUAUACAUAUAUCAUUUCAUCAAGAAGAAACAGAUGUGAAUACAGAGUCUAAUAAAUGGCGGCAAUGUUACUGCUAACCUUUGACUUGUGUGGUUGGGAGUAGCAAAUUGUGAUGAA